ACAUAUAUAUGUAUCAUUAUGUUAACCUCUAUAUUAUCAGUAUAGUAAAUCACUAUGUAGUAUCUAUCAUGUACUGCUGAAUAUCAUCAAGAUCAUGCUAAAAUAAGUACAAACGAAACGAAGCGGGAUGUAAAUAUUCUCGGAAUACACCUCUACGUGAUGGAGGAUUAACUAAACUUGACACACACUCCCUUCAAUGUUUACCAAAUGGCUGGUUGUGUAUAGACACUUGAAGGAUGUAGUUUGCCGUCAUAAAUUAUUCAUGAGCUGUGACGUGAUUUGACAUACGAAACGUAUAGAUGAGGUCGAAGGAGACGGAUACGUGUAGUAAAGUUUGAUGAGAUUUAACUUUAUAACAGGUUCUACCACAGAUCAAGCCACAUAUGCCCAGAUCAGGAGUUGUCAUAGUUGCCGAACGUUGAGGUGUAUCACUGACAUUUGUGUUUUGGGAUUAAUAAGUACCGUAAAUUGUACUCAAAUAUUUUUCAGUGUCGUGAUUAUUAAUUUUAAGAAAAAAUUACCCUUCCAGAAAACGUUUACUUAUACGACUCGAAGAUUAUAAACAAAUUUCAAAAUGGAGGAACCAGACGCUAUAAGAGAUAAGACGGGAUGGAAAAGUUAUGGAACAAGCCAGGCUAUUGGAAUGCCCGAUUUAAAAUUGGAACCCGUAACGGACGUUAACAGGAUCACCAAAAACAAUUCGAAAUGUGAAGCUAUCAAAAUGACACUAAAAGAUAACCUAUUAUUGAUUCUGCUUAUCAUUUCUAUGGGAAUCGGCGUUGGCCUUGGAGCAGGGCUGCGUUCUGUUGACCCUCCAUUUACAAAGAGACAGAUUCUUUACCUCCGUUUCCCUGGUGACCUAUUAAUGAACAUGCUACAGUUGUUAAUCCUUCCACUUAUCAUGUCCAGUCUAGUGUCUGGUCUUGCGUCUCUAGACACCCGGUCAUCUGGCCGGAUAGGUUUGAGGGCGGUGGUGUAUUACUUGACCACUACCCUCGCUGCAGUGGUCCUUGGUAUCAUCCUGACCGUUAGUAUCCGGCCCGGGACCAAGGGAGGGGAAGUCGAACCCUCGGGCGAAUCCAAGAUCGUGGAGCCUGCAGAUACUUUCCUUGAUCUCCUCAGGCAGGCGUUUCCCAGUAACUUGAUAGAAGCAUGUUUCAGCAAGCCUGUAACUGACCAGGUUCUCAGAGAAGAUGAUAACGCCACCGGAGGUGACGUAAAUGCUACCGCUGUGUACGACCCUGUGGUGGACAUGAAGCCCGGGAUGAAUGUCCUUGGCAUUGUCGUCUUCUCCAUCUUCUUUGGAAUCAUCAUCGGUCGACUGGGGGAGAAGGGGAAGCCCCUGAUAGCUCUGUUCGAAUCUCUGUGUGAAGCCACGAUGGUCCUGGUCAAGCUCGUCAUAUGGUACUCUCCCAUAGGUAUUAUAUUCCUGGUGGCGGCGAAAAUUGUGGAAAUGGAAGAUCCAGCCCAGACGUUCCAACAGCUUCUCUACUACUUCAUCACCGUUAUGGUUGGUCUCGUCAUCCAUGGUUUCAUAACUCUCCCUCUCAUUUACUUCAUUAUUGUCAGAAAAAAUCCCUUCCGGUUCAUAUACGGAGUCACCCAAGCCAUCGUCACAGCCAUCGGAACGUCAUCAAGCUCAGCUACUCUUCCUGUCACGAUGAAAAAUCUCGAGGAAAACAAUGGCUUAGAUCCCCGUGUGAUCAAAUUUGUGGCUCCCGUUGGAGCGACCAUCAACAUGGACGGAACAGCACUCUACGAAGCCGUGGCAGUCCUCUUCAUUGGACAAAUCAGAGGAUUUGAGAUGGACAUCGGACGAAUCAUUACCGUCAGUAUUACUGCUACUGCUGCCGCCAUCGGUGCCGCCGGAGUGCCGCAGGCAGGUCUUGUCACUAUGGUGAUCGUUCUGACGGCGGUUGGCUUCCCGACUGAUGACGUCACUUUGAUUCUAGCUAUCGAUUGGUUGCUGGACCGUUUCCGGACUGCUGUAAAUGUAAUGGGAGAUGCUAUUGGCGCAGGAAUAGUCAAUCACCUAUCACAGAAGGAGCUGAGAAAGAUGGAUCUUCUGGACUCCGUGGAGGACACAGAAAAUGGAGUUCUUAACGUUGGUUAUGAUGAAGCGGAUAUCAAAUUAUAGGACGCAUCUAUUAAACUUUGUCUUAUCAAAAUGAUAUCCGUUCUUUUACUUUGAGAUACAUGACUAAGCUAGUGUGCUAGGAUAUACUACUGCUAUUAACCUUGUAUUGCAAAAUUGUUGUCUGGCGAUUGGUCAUUGAAUAUUAGACAGACAUAUACCUUAUUUUGUACAAAUAAUCUUAAUUACAACAACCUAGCAAUGUGAAGCUAUAACGCACUUGUAAUGCCAUACAGUAACUGUUUACUGCACUAAAUGUCCGUACCGCCCUUUAAGACCUCACUGAUAGUACCAAAGGUCAAAAGAAGGUUCUAAAAAAUAAGAAGAUAUAAAACAAAGGGAGAAAGGUGCCUAUACAAUUGUUACAAUUUUGUAAAUGUUGGCUACAACAGAUCAUUUAGUCUUAAAGUAAUUGUUAAAGUAAAUGGCUCCAUGAUACAAAUUAUGGGAUAUCUCAUGUGCAGGUGAUAGUUAGUCCUCCAACUGAGUGAUCAAUGUAUUUGAAAAUAACCCUUGAUAUCUACGACAAGAAAAGACUAUAUGUAACACGUGAACAAUUGCACUCGAAAUGGUAUUUCGUCUAGUUAUUUUAGUUACAUGUAAUAGGUAUAGUCACUACAAUUCUAUAUAACGACAUCAAGGAUGCGCCACCGGAAGUUUCAGCUUACUUCGGUGUUGAAAGGACUCACACAACUAAAUCAUUUACUAUAUAUUAUUACCAAACAUUUUAGCUAAUAACUUUAAUAUUUGAAGUU